UAGUUAACCAACUUGUCUGGUAUAGCAGAAGUGUUACUAUUAGUAAAGAUGGGACAAGUUUUUUCAGCUAAUUUUAUGGCAGAAAAAACUAAGCCAGAUCACAAGAAUAAUCCGACUUUUGACCCAUUAUAUGGAUUUCCGAAUGGAAGAAAAGAAAGAGUAAUGAUAGCCACUGAAGAACAAAUGGAAUCUGCCAAGUUGCCACUAGAAAAUCGAGAUUACUGUGCUCACCUUUUACUGAAACAUUUUGCAUGUCGAGCUGACCAGUUUCCAUUUGUUUACAAAUGCGCACACGAGAAACACCAGUAUCUUGAUUGUCAGCAUGAAGAUUACAUCUUGAGGAUGAAAGAAUACGAACGUGAAAAACGGCUACUUGCACGAGAAGCCAAAAAACGAUCCAAACAGCAGGUGGAGGAACUGGAAGAAUAAGAGUGUGCCUGGCUACAUGUUACAUAAUUCAUUUGGACUUGAACCCAUUGUAUAGGAAUGAAGCUAGAAUAUGGUAGAAAGCAUUGUAGGUAGAAUAUUAAAAGAGCAAAUCAGUUUCUGUACAAAAACUAAUAAAAAGUUUGGUGUACUCUUAGUGUACAUUAAGAGCUAAUAAAUAUGGUUGUUCCUUUGUUU